GAGGGGGUCCCGUCGGCACGAGCGCAGAUAGCGAGGAACAGCUGCAGAGCGGUUCAGUGAAUUGCAUAUUACACAGCGAGGCAGGAGAGGCAGCGCAUUCAGACCCACUGACUGACUCGUACAGCCCAGCACGCGUUAGCGCCAGCGUACGAAGUGUGCACGAAAAAAACAACGCCAAACAUGGUCGACCGCGAGCAGCUGGUUCAGAAAGCUCGACUAGCUGAGCAGGCAGAGAGAUAUGAUGAUAUGGCAGCGGCCAUGAAGUCGGUAACGGAGUUGAAUGAGGCCCUGUCCAACGAGGAGAGGAACCUCUUAUCUGUGGCCUACAAGAACGUGGUGGGUGCCCGCCGCUCUUCUUGGAGGGUCAUCUCCAGUAUUGAACAGAAAACCUCCGCAGAUGGAAACGAGAAGAAGAUAGAGAUGGUGAGGGCCUACCGCGAGAAGAUCGAGAAGGAGCUGGAGGCCGUGUGCCAAGACGUGCUCAACCUGCUGGACAACUUCCUCAUCAAGAACUGCAGCGAAACCCAGCACGAGAGCAAAGUCUUCUACCUGAAAAUGAAGGGCGACUACUACCGCUACCUGGCCGAGGUGGCCACGGGCGAGAAGAGGUCCACGGUGGUGGAGUCUUCAGAGAAGGCCUACAACGAGGCUCACGAGAUCAGCAAGGAGCACAUGCAGCCCACUCACCCCAUCCGCCUGGGCCUGGCCCUCAACUACUCGGUGUUCUACUACGAGAUCCAGAACGCUCCAGAGCAGGCCUGCCACCUCGCCAAGACCGCCUUCGACGACGCCAUCGCCGAGCUGGACACCCUCAAUGAGGACUCCUACAAAGACUCAACCCUCAUCAUGCAGCUGCUCCGAGACAACUUAACACUGUGGACAAGUGACCAGCAAGACGAUGAGGGCGGGGAGGGCAACAAUUAAAGAGGUAGCUAUCUCUCUGAUGAAGAAACGCGAUUUUAAAAAAAUGAAACGGCUGGUGGACUUUGGCAGCAGCUUUUGCCAUGGUUUCCUCUGCAGCAGCAGUUCUUUAUUUUUCCACGAGUUUAAAGAAAAAUAUCAAGGGUGGUUUAAAAAGGGGGGGCUGAAGUCUUAGUUUGAAUAUAUACAGAAAUAUAUAUAGCUGAAUGGGCCUCCGUCUUCUCGGUUAUCUUUGACAUUUGCCAAAACCACUGAAAAUGUCAGUCAAUCAGCCAGAAGGGGUCGUUGUUGGUUUGGAAUGGCAGCCUCGCACUGGCAUAUGGACUGAUGUAGUUCAAAGGGAUGCUGCUUAUUUAUGUUUUUGGGGUAGUAGAAAAGCAUUUGAAGAAGAGGAUAAGCUGAAAAAAAACACUUGAAUGCGACGUCUGCAAAAUAGUCUUCAAUGGUUCCAGUAUUAAUCUCAAACCAAACAACAAACCAAACAACACUGAGGCAGAUUUGUGCUUUUGUGCUGGCAGUGACAGCGAGAUGCAAUGCAUUAAACAACAUGUCAACAGCCAAUAAAACAAAAACCUGGUCAUCAAACUGUUAUACAUUGCUGGAACCUUAGACUAUUUUGAAGGUCAGAUGAGAAGAGAAGCAGAGACUUAUCUGUUUAAAAAAUAUAUUUAAAAAAUAAAUAAAAUAAAAAGACAAUAAGGAAAAAUAUUGCAGCUUCAGAGUUUGUGGUUUACUUCUGUGUUUAAUUUAUUUUUGCACUUGCCAACUAUACUGUUUUGUCAGUGUAAGAUAAUUACGAUGAUGAAUACUAUCAAUGAUUCAAUAUUGUGCAUGCUGGUGAUGUAUUUAUAUACAAUAGCUUGACUUUAUUAACUUAUACCUUGGAUGUUAUGUAUUCCUAUGAUUGAGAAGUAAACAAGCUUCAUAUUGAUUACUGAUUAUACUGAUUAAUUUAUGAUUUUGUUUUGUUUUUUUCGUUUGUUUUUUCUUUUGAUUUGCUAUACCAAAAUUGUGAUUGUUAACAAUAAAUUGAUCUGUUAUGGGCGUUGCUGUUGUGACAUGAAAUAUGUUUAUUUCUUUAGCUAGACUGAAACUUGAAAAACACUACUGAUCACUUAACUGUGCACGUGUUUUUCUUAGUAAACUAUAAUCAUGACAUUGUUUAACAAUGUUUCCGCUCUCGCUCGACGAUAUAUGAGUGCUUUUCUUGUCAUGUUAUGCACAAUGAAACAUGUAUGGUUUGAACUACCGUGGAGUAUCGGAAUCAUUGUUUCUGUGACACACUCAGAACAUGGACCAUAAAAUUGUAUUUGGCAGUAUUAUUUUUUUCAUUCAUAUAUUUGUUUUUGUUCUUUUUUUUUUAACGUUUAGCUGUCUCCUGGGUGACAAAUAUCUUGAAUGUGAAUAAUUAUGUAGCAGUUGCACAAGAGCCAAAAUAAUGACAAACAUGAAAAAAAAAAAUCCACAAAUAAAUAAAGAAAAAAAUUGAAGCGGUCAUAAA